GGUCCCGGCAGGCAGACAGACACCCAGCCACAGGUGACCCUGUUGCCAUGGAGCAGCUGGUCAAGCACCUGUCCAGGUGCCAACACCUGGGAUGGAUGAAUGUGAUCGAACUGAAGAGCGCCUCCAUCCAUUGGCUGUCGUGUGGACGGAAGGCAGAUCCCGACAUCUGGACCAAGAUGUUCUGUAUCCUGACAGACUCUCAGUUACUGAUGCUGGAUGACCUGGAGGUCCACCCCCUGCUCCUGGCGGAGAAGGCGGAGUCUUGUACCGUGUGGUUGCUCCGGUACACUCUACAUGUGACCUCAGCGGCUUCUGGUCCCACCCACAAAGAUGCUGCAGAGAGGCGGGCGCGCAGACAGAGCAUGCCCAGUGGCCCCUCCAUGGACACACCCACCACCAGAGUGACGGGGUUUCUGUCCCGCAGGUUGAAGCAGUCUCUUCGUCGAACUCGCUCUCAGCCCAAACUGUCUCGUCACAGCAGCUUGAAGACUGAUGUGAUCAAUACCAACGACACCAGGGUUGUGAUGCGGCGGCUGCGUUACGGUAGCCAGGAGUCGUUGCUAAGCACCGGCUGUGUGUCGUCUCUGGAGCUCAGAAUGGACCAAUCAGUGAUCAUCAAACCCGUCCACUCCUCCCUGCUGGGACAGGACUACUGCUUCGAGGUAACCACCACCACAGGAACCAAGUGCUUCUCAUGCCGUUCAGCAGCGGAGAGGGACAAAUGGAUGGAGAACCUACGACGGGCCGUCCACCCCAACAAGGACAACAGCCGGCGACUGGAGAACGUGCUGACUGUGUGGGUGAUCGAGGCCAAAGACCUGCCUGCCAAGAAACGGUACUUCUGUGAGCUGUGUCUGGACGACAGUCUCUACGCUCGCACCUCCUGCAAGCUGAAGACGGACAACAUCUUCUGGGGGGAGCGCUUCGAUUUCUGCAGCCUCCCCCCCACCGCGGCCAUCACGCUGCACCUGUACAAGGACACGGACAGGAAGAGGAAGAAGGACAAGAGCAGCUACGUGGGCCUGGUCAACAUCCCCGUCUCCACGGUGUCUGGAAGACAGCUGGUGGAGAAGUGGUACACGCUGAGCACGCCCAGUACAAUCCGAGCCAAGUCGUCUAUUCCGACGGUUCGGGUCAAAGCUCGGUACCAGAGCAUCGUCAUCCUGCCCAUGGAGCUGUACAAAGAGUUUGCGGAGUACAUCAGCUCCAACUACCUGCUGCUCUGCUCCACCCUGGAGGCCUCCAUCAGUCUGAGAGCCAAGGAGGAGCUGGCUGCUGCGCUGGUGCACACCCUGCACAGCACCGGGAAGGCCAAGGACUUCUUGACAGAUAUGAUGAUGUCAGAGGUGGAUCGUUGCCGCGACAACGACCAGCUGAUCUUCCGGGAGAACACACUGGCAACCAAGAGCAUUGAGGAAUACUUGAAGCUGAUUGGACAGAAGUACCUGCAGGAUGCCCUGGGUGAGUUCAUCAAAGCUCUGUACGAGUCUGAUGAGAACUGUGAAGUGGACCCGUCUCGCUGUGCGCUGUCCGACCUCGCCGAGCAUCAGGCCAACCUAAGGAUGUGCUGCGAGCUGGCUUUCUGCAAGAUCCUCGAUUCCUACAGGGUCUUCCCCCGGGAGCUGAAGGAGGUGUUUGCAUCGUGGCGUCAGGAGUGCGGUAACCGGGGGCGACCAGACAUCAGCGAGCGUCUCAUCAGCGCGUCGUUGUUCCUGCGUUUCCUGUGUCCCGCCGUCAUGUCCCCGUCGCUGUUUGACCUGAUGCAGGAGUACCCGGACGAGCGUACGGCCAGAACCUUGACUCUGAUCGCCAAAGUCAUCCAGAACCUCGCAAACUUCAGCAAGUUUGGGACUAAAGAGGAGUACAUGCUGUUCAUGAACGACUUUGUGGAGCGCCAGUGGAGCAGCAUGCAGCGCUUCCUGCAGGAGAUAUCCAACCCCGACGGCCUCAACCACACCGCCGGCUUUGAUGGAUACAUCGACCUCGGCAGAGAGCUGUCCAGUCUACACACCCUGCUGACCGAGCUGGACCAGUCGUGUCUGUCAAAGCUGGGUCCUCUUCCUCGCAUCCUGAGAGACGUGUCAGCAGCUCUGUCUAACCCCGGAGGGUUGGCCAGUGCUGGGGGGAUGUCUGUGUCCUCCCCAGAGCCCCAGCAUGUGGUGUCUCCGCCCCCUCUGUCCCCGCCCCCUCUGUCCCCGCCCCUGUCUCCUCCUCUGGCGGCCUGUAAUCCCUCUGUUGGGCUGCAGGGCGGCGUGGGGCUGGACGGAGGCUUGGUGGACUUCACCAGACUUCCAUCUCCAACUCCGGAGAACAAGGACCUGUUCUUCGUAACUAAAGGUUCCAGCCUCCAGCCCGCGUCAGGUAUGCGGGGCUCCCCUGCUCCCAGCUCGUCCUACUCCGAGCCCAACGAGACUGAGACGGCGUUCGACAUGACCAACGGGGGCCGGAGGGAGGGGCCCGAGCUGACCAACGAGAGCCGCAGUCUGUCCCUGGUGGAUCUUCAGGACUCGUCCCCCAGCGACGGCCUGGAGGACGGCCAGUGGCAGCGCCGGACGGGGCUCCUCCCCCUCUCCUUCCAGAACCCCGUGUAUCACAUGACCACCACGUCGCCGCGGCAGACGCAGCAGCAGCAGACGGACGUGACGCCCUCCGACGGCUCGGUGGGCUCGCAGGGGAACGCGGAGGAGCGGAGCGCCGUGGCCACCAAGCCGGCGUUUCUCACUCAGAUGUCCGUGGGGCUGGGGGCCGGGGAGCGCGGGGAGAGGUUGUCGGCCCUGUCCAGCAGCAGCAGCGGGGAGGAAUACUCCCGACGGGCGCUGUCUCUCACCGACACGCUCACAGGUGGCUCCGCCCCUCCUCGCCAGAACUCCUCAGGUCCGCAGAGACGCAUUGAUCAGCCCCCGCCGCCCUCCUCAGCUCCCCCCGGACCUCCGCGAGGCCGCACGCCGCCCAGCAUGCUCAGUGGGGGCUCCGCGUACCCGCCCCGCCCCACCUCCGGCAGCAUGAUAUCCUCCAGCCCCGACUGGCCAAUCAGUGGCCAGUCCCGGCUCAGACAGAUGUCGUCAUCAUCUAAAGGAGAAAGCCCGGAGAAACAGCGGCCCGCAGCCAAGGCUCCGUCCCCCUGUGCUCUGGAUCGGACCGCCGCCUGGCUCCUCAACAUGAACUCCUCCUCGUCCUACGCCGAGACCGAGGACGAUCGCCAUGACGACGCCCUGGUGGAGAAGUACCAGCAGGAGAUCACGCUGCUGCAGGAGAAGCUGCGCGUGGCGGCGCUGCGGCAGGAGGAGUGUGAAGCCCGGCUGAUGGUCCAGGACCAGCAGAACCAGCGCAUGCUGCAGGAGUACCAGGCCCGGCUGGAGGACACGGAGAGCAGGCUGAGGAGGCUGCAGGAUGACAAGGACCUGCAGAUGAACAGCAUCAUCAGCAGGUUGAUGGCUGUGGAGGAGGAGCUGAAGAAGGAUCAUUCUGACAUGCAGGCGGUGGUCGACUCCAAGCAGAAGAUCAUUGAGGCGCAGGAGAAGAGGAUUUCCAGCCUGGACGCGGCCAACACCCGUCUGAUGGCAGCUCUGACUCAGCUGAAGGAGCGCUACGCUGUGACAUCCCAGAGGAACGGCCUGUCUCCUAGCAACACAUCAUCUCUGCAGAUCACGGAGAACGGAGAGUUCCGUAACUCUGGCAACUGCUGAGCCGCCGCCGCUGCCGCUCUGAGCUGUGAUUGGCUGUGACUGCUGGGGUGGGAGGGGCUUAAUGGUACCAUUGCGGUCAGAGGCCAGGCUAACUUUCAGUGACCUGUCAAUCAACCUUGAACUACAUCCCUACAUCUGCAGCUGGGUUCACUUCCUGUUUUUGUUGUGCAUGUUUCCUGUUUGCGUUUGAUACUCCCUGAUCUAUACGCUCACGCCCCCCCCCCCCCGACACUCGUGUUUCCGUAGACACGGAGACUCUUACCCCUCACGGUCCGUGGACUUCGCGGCCAUCCGUUUUUUGUUUUGAAAUGACAAAAUA